AUGGAUCUUCGCGAUGUUCAUAACCUCCUGGCUUCUUUAAAUCAUGAGAACAGAGGAGGCAAGCCCGACGAAGAUAGCACGGUGGCGUUGCUGUCUGAGUUUUGUAAGACGGUCGGGAAUUCAGCGGCCGUGUCAGUGAACAACCCGUCCAGUUUAGUUGACGCGGGUCAAAAUGUCCAACACGCGCUUGUUGAGAGUGAGACGAAGGACAUUUUGCUUGGACCAUUUCAAGGAAGUGACUCCGUCAUGGAAGAAUAUCCCCGGAGGGCAGAUGCAAAGAAGGACAUCAUUGAAGCGUUGCAGUUGACGAUGAAAGCUGAAAGUGCAACGAUGCACGAUGCGUAUCGAGAUGACAUGAUGCGUUCGCUCGCCUACAACAAGAAAGACCCGCUUCUCCAGUACUUUGAAUCCAAUUCGGAGACAUGCAAAGAGGAGUGA